AAGCCACGGUAAAAAUCCAACGUAAACACAGUCUGCUCGCCGUUGCUGUUCAGGGGGCUACCUUCAAAAAUUUAAACGUGUCCGUUCAAUUCUCACGUAACUGUUCCCAUGCGUUCUUUCAUUAUUUGGUUCUGUAACCGUACAUUUUAAUAAUGGCAAAUAUUCCUUUGUGGAACCAGUCGCAUUUACCGUGCCCUGCUACAUCCGCCCACAAAUUAUCUGCUCAAUUUUAAGGAAUCAUGAAUACUUUCCUAGAAGAUUUAUCUGGGAAACCACAAAAAUUAAUGGAUUUUAUGUCAUUGAUGACAUCUGAGGUUGUUCUUCUAACACGGUUUUUGUACAAGCUUAGAGCGGUGUUUGCUCAUGAUAAAAGCUACAAAGUUUUGAAGCAGAUCCAAAAAUGGUUCAAAAACUUCUUAAAACAAAUCUUGUGUCAGAUCUCACUAGUUUUCAGGAGCAACAUGUUGUCAGCGUGAAAACUGUGAAUGCAAUAUUUGUUGCACCAAAACCCAAAUACGAAUAUAUUCAAGUGAGGCUGCAGGGCAUUGUCAGAUUACUGGCUCAGAUCCUAUGUCUCAGCCAGCACUAUGGUACAAUAAUGAUCCAAAAGAUGCAGCUAGGGCAUUUUAUAAGUAUAGUGGUCAUUUCCAUGUCUUUUGUUUCAAGAAUUUGGGCAUUAUCACUGCAUACAAUGUACUUCUUAAUUAAAUUGUUCAGCAGCAUCAGUAGUAUUAGUCAUGCUGAAGGAUUGAUACCCAAUAGUACUGUAAACUUCUUGUCAGAAGGAUAUAUUAUUCCUCUGAGCUUGGAAGAUUGGUUAAAAUCAGAUGACACUCUCAUAGACAUACAUCCAUUGCUGAAAAAAAGACAAGAAAGGGUGAGGACUUCUAAGAAGCCUAAUAUCUGGCAGUCAAUAAAGAUUGAAGAUGAUGAAAGAGAAUACUUAUUCCAACUAAAAGAACUCGUUGAUACUGCUAGCCUUUCGGGAACGGAAGAAAAUAACGAUGACUUGCAGGAAUCGAAAGUAGAAGUUCUCGUUUUGGAUAAAUUGAAAUCCAUGAAUAAUGCUGAUAUUGGAGAAUUAUUGACGCGUGAACCAACUCUGCCGGUUGCAAAAAGUAGGAAGAGGAAGCUAACCAAGAAAAAUAAAGGAAAUAAAUUUGGAAACUGAUGAAACUCCUUUAGUAUUGCCCACAUUUAAUACACUGCAAUCGCAAUAA